AUGACCAACAGACAGUUGUUUUUCCAACAUAUAGCACAGACCUCCACAGCCCCUAUGGCACUCGAAAUAGCGCGUGCCGAGGGGCUGUACCUUUAUGACACUACCGGCAAGGCGUAUUUCGACCUCAUAUCGGGCAUAGGCGUGAGCGUACUUGGGCAUAGGCACGAGGCAGUACAACACGCUGUGCAACAGCAACUUGAUCGCUAUUGGCACACACUCGUCUAUGGCGAAAUGAUACUCCAGCCCCAAGUGGCACUCGCUACCUUACUGGCAGAAAAAACCAACCACCAGCUCGAUGCAGUUUUCUUCACCAAUAGUGGCUCCGAAGCUACCGAAGGCGCCAUGAAACUCGCCAAAAGAUACACAGGAAGAGCCAAGAUAUUCGCUUGUCCCCAUGCCUACCACGGCAGCACACAAGGCGCAGCCAGCCUCAUGUCGCCCACCUUCUUUACUGAUGCUUAUCGACCCUUACUGCCCAAUAUCCACCAUAUUAGAUACAACAACUUAGCCGACCUUGACGCCAUAGAUGAAUCCACUGCCUGCGUCAUAGUGGAGACCGUACAAGCCGAAUCGGGGCUCCACAGCCCCAAUGCACCUUGGAUACAAGCCUUGCGCGCACGAUGCACACAAGUGGGCGCACUGCUCAUACUCGAUGAGAUACAGGCUGCCUACGGGCGCACAGGCAAGCUCUUCGCCUAUGAGCAUUACGGCAUCGUGCCCGAUGUGUUGCUGCUUGCCAAAGGUUUUGGUGGAGGCAUGCCUAUAGGUGCAUUUCUCGCCUCAAAAAAGGUGAUGGAUGUGCUCUCUUAUGCCCCUCCGCUAGGCAAUAUCACUACCUUCGGUGGUCAUCCGGUGUGCGCUGCGGCGGCAUUGGCUACCUUACAGACAAUCCUCGCCUCCAACCUCAUUGCACAAGUGCCCGUUAAAGAAAAGCUUUUCCUUGAGCUUAUGGUACAUCCCGAAAUAAAAGAGGUGCGUAGCGCCGGACUUUGGCUGGCGGUGGAGCUCCACGGCGGAUUCCCCAAGGUGCUCGAUGUCAUCAAAAAAUGCUUGGAACGCGGCAUUAUCACCGAUUGGUUUCUAUUCAAUGAUUGUAGCUUGCGCAUUGCACCACCGCUCACGAUUGAGGAGGCGGAUAUUCGGUGGGUGUGCGGGGAAAUAUUGGCGUGUAUGUGA